AUGAGAAGCAGCAGAAGCACGAGCAGUUCGUCAACACUGAAUGCAUUCGCAACCGAGUGGAUUGCUAAAAUGUUCUACAGGAUCGGUUACCAUAUCGGCAGACAACCAACCGCUUAUUUAGUUGCUUGCCUGCUGAUAACGGCACUCAUCGCGUGCGGUAAUAUUUACGCAAAAGAAUCAUCAAGCACCAAAGAUUUUGUGCCUACUGAUGCGCAGAGUCUUGUCGAGAUUCGUGAAGCGGAACGAUUUUUUGGUGUUGACGGUGGACAAAUAUUCCGCAUCAAUGUGCUGGCAUUUGCAGCAGAUAACGGUUCAUUGACGAGAACCGAUGUGGCGCUUCAGCUAAUCGAUUUUGUUGAGACGUCCACUGGAGAGAUUCGAAUUUUUGACGAUACCAUUCGAUACAGUAAUAAUAACGCCGAUGGUGACGAUUUUGAUAGCAAUGAUGAGGAUGAUAGUGGUGUAUUUUUGCUGGAUGACAAGAUGAACUUUUUCUUAUCAACUAGUGAUCAGAAACUUAAUGGAACGAUGAAUCGAAGUAAAACAAUGGACGAUACACUCGCAAUAGAACGACUCUCCUCAUCAAGCUUUCAUACAUUUCGUGAUUUUUGCGAGCCAUAUUGUGACACAAACGCAGCAUUGACAAUCGCUCUAAAAGCAAGCAUUGUGGGCCGUGAUCCACUGGAAUAUCCAAUCAGUCAUGUGUUCGGCACCGAAAUCAACAUUGCCAACAAUGUGUUCAAUAUUGAUUUCAAUGAAACAACCGGCUAUAUUGAUAGCUUUCGAAAAGCAAUGUUGGUCUAUCUGCUGGUGCUCCCGCCUGGUGAUAAUAGUUUCGGACUAAAAUGGGAACAAGCGUUGAAUUUGAAUGCUAAAAAUUAUGAGAAAUUAAAGUUGAUGAUUUGGAGCAAUGCACUUUUGGAGCGUGAAGCGAAAGAAGUUGCUAAGCGUACGGCACCGUCCAUUAUUAUCACAAUCGCACUUCUUGGUGCAUUCUUUGUUCUCACUUCAUUUAGAGAAGAACCAAUUCAGUCGAAACCAUGGGAAUCACUGUGCGAGAUGGUCAUUCCACUACUUGGUCUUGUGACAACAUUUGGCAUGCUUUCGUUCCUAGGCAUACAGUAUCAGUCGAUUCUGGUCGCAACACUAUUUCUGGUGUUGGCCGUUUGUACAGAUGAUGGCUUCAUUAUGUUGCGUGCUUGGGACUCCGCGUUACAUGGUGAACCUGGUCUAAUGAAAGUGAAGAAUUCGUGCAUUGAUCUAGCAAAUGUCGGUCAUUUGUGCGAACUGAUUUCGGUGGAACGUCGAACAGCGAUUAUGCUGAAAACAUCCGGUCCAGCAAUUACAAUAACGACCUUAACUAACGCACUCUCGUUUAGUAUCGGAAUCUUCAGUCGAACACCAGCCAUACAAACCUUUUGCUUGUACACAACCGUCGCCGUACUAGCAUGUUUCGUCUAUCAAGUGAUUCUUUACUCAGCAAUUCUUGCGUUUUCGGCGCAUCGUGAGAAUUCACGACGCCGAGCAUUUUUGUGCUGCUUCAGAAGCGAUAAGCCGAAACGCCGACAAUGGAUUGUUGAGUUGAAUAAAUUUUAUAAUCGAUUGGUGGACAUGUGGGUGAAUGUGGUCGUUUGGAAGUAUACGAAAUGGAUUCUGAGCGUUGCGUUGAUCGCUUAUUGGUGUACAUCCGUGUAUGGUAUGACAAAAAUGCGUUACGAUUUAACAGCUGACAAACUGGCACUGCCUGAUAGUGAAUUUAUUGUUUAUCAACGUGAACAAGAUCAGGCUUGGACGGAAAUGCAACUGCUGACUGUUCUUGUGACGAAACCGGGCAAUUUGUUGAAAGGAAGCGAAAUGCGGAAAUUAAAGAAUUUAUUGGAUGAUUUCGAAAAUGCAUCGUUCAGUUAUGGGCACUCAUCGACACUUUUUUGGUUACCCUCAUAUAUGGACUUUAUCGCGGAAAUUUCUGACGGCUUCACCUACACGGAACUACCAGACUUUUUGGAUACAGCUGGCUUCAAGCAUUGGCGGCCGUUGCUACGGCUAAAUGAAACGGCUUGUAUAAACAAUCAACCGGAAUGCAUUCAAGAGUAUGCCUUCAUGACCGGAUUCACAUCAGUCACACACUUUUACGAUCGUGUACCGUUGCUCAACGAAUGGCGUCAAAUAGCGAGCAAGUAUGCGGAUCUGGGCAUAUUGCCGUAUAAUGAUGUGAAUGCUUUUGUGGAUCUUUCUGCGAAAACACGUUCUACGGUGCUUUCAAGUGCGUUGGCAUCGUUCGUGUGUAUUUCAAUUGCUUGUUUCAUCGUUAUACCACACCUGACCACCGUAUUUAUUGCUGUAUUGACCGUAAUCAGCAUCAAUAUUGGCGUAUUCGGAUUUCUAGCCCUAAUUGGUGUCGAUCUAGAUCCACUUUCGAUGGCUUCUUUGCUAAUGGCUGUUGGCUUUUCAGUAGACUAUACGGCUCAUAUUGGCUACCAUUAUUGCCGAAUUGAUACAAAUGUAAGUCGUGUUUUAAUCACGAAUUGA